AUGGGGUUCCGCAGAGGUGAUCAAGUUGAAGUUGCGAGUAAAGAAGAAGGGUUUCUUGGUUCGUACUACGCUGCGACAGUGAUUGCAGAGGUUCUCGAGAAGGAAUACAUUGUCCAAUACAAGACCCUGUUGAAAGAUGAUAGGUCCGGACCCUUGAGAGAGAUUGUCACCGCCGGCGAGGUCCGCCCGCGUCCACCUCAAAUUCCGGCGACUUCCUUUGGUUUGUACGAAAAGGUCGAUGCGUUUGACAACGAUGGUUGGUGGGUCGGAAACAUCGCUGGCAAAGUUGGGUUGGAGUAUUUGGUUAAUUUCGAGACCACAUGGGAUCAGAUCGCUUACCCAAUGAGUCGGUUAAGGGUUCAUCAGGAAUGGGUGAAUGGCAAGUGGGUUGAGGGUUCAUCAGGAAUGGGUGAAUGGAAAGUGGGUUUCUACCGAUAG